AUGGGCGGCACAGCAUUCUCUCACAUUGACCCUCUCAACCUGUUUACCCCUCGGAUGCCGCCAAACGUCUACCACCGGGUGCGAGACGACUGCCAUGCCGCACUCCGACAACGCUUCCUCGCCGUCGCCACCCCCAUUCAAGCGCCCGGCAAGAAGAACUUUGGCGAUGUCGACAUUUUCGUGGCUUGGGACACUGAACAAAGCUCCAAGGUCGAUUUCGACAAGUUUGUCGACAGUAUCCGCGACCUUUUAGGCGCGACGUAUUCUCGGUACGAGGGGCUGGUGAAUUGCGACGCCCAGUUUGCCGUUGCGUGGCCCGAUGAUCCGUACGGUCUAGCCUAUUCAGAUUCUGAAGAGAAUCCUCGCUUCUGCCAGAUUGAUGUACACAUCUGCAACAGCAUCGAGGCUUUCCACUGGAAUAUGUGGUACUAUGCGCAUGGGGAUUUAAUGCCAAUGAUUCGCAACAUCAUGCGCCCGUACGACCUUGUCAUCAACGCGCGAGGUCUGUUCUUACGCAUCCCCGAGAUCAGAGAUGGGGCCAAGAAGGUUUUUGUGACCGACGAGCCCAGUCAAGCCCUGGGUAUCCUUGGAUAUGACCCAAUGGCGCCUGUGUAUCAAGAGUCUUUUCAGAAUGUUGACGAACUAUUCGUGUACACAACCAAGUGUCGCCUCUUCAAAGGAUUCUACGGUACCGAUCUCACAGACGAAGAUGGGAGAAGCAUGUCUGAGAGAGAAGUUUUCAAGACCUGGAUUCGAGACUUUGUUCCCACCUGCAUCGACGGAUAUCCCAAAGAAGAGAUUUCAAAGGAUGCAAUCCGCAAUGAGAUUUUCCAAAAGUUUCCGGCGACCAAGGCUGAAUAUGAUGCCUCGCUUCUCAGAAAUAAGAAACGGAAGCAAAGAGACUUCAUCUCCAGAACAAUCGAGUCAUCCUUGGACAUGGUCAAGGGAGUAACCUCGGCAUGGCGCAAGGCGGCGUCUGCGGCACUAAAGGAGAUCAUUCUGUUUUCGGAUUAUAGCCUUGGAUUUCGCCCUUUGGAGGAUCUCAAAUUGAGCAAUGGGCUAUACAAGGAGGACGAGGUCAAGAUGUUCAUUGAGCAAGCAUUGGAGGUGGUGGGGGAGGUGGCAUGGGAGCGUCAAUGCUGCAAUGAUCACAUGGGAGAUAUCUCCCAAGCUCAGCAAAGGACGAGAAUUGAGGAGGAGGACUUGGCAUGGUCGGAGGGUGAAGAUGAGAUCUUUAUGCCAAAGUACCGUGAGGGCUAUUAUCAGAACCAUGCUAGCGACUGCGACUUGAACUACAUUUGA